AUGUCGAACUCUGUGACUCUGUCUCAAGCUCCUUCGAGCGCAUCGACUCCGUUCAGUCGCCAGGCACGUUCCGCAGUGUGGAAAUUCUUCACUCGCGAUGUCGAGGGCCAUCAAGCGAAGUGUUUAUUGUGUGAGGAUGUGCUGAAGUACGAUGGCUCCUCGACAUCGAACUUGCAGAGGCACCUGAAAAAUCGCCACCCCUCUGACUUCGUGGAGCAGACCAGCACUGCCAAGAAAGUGGACUCUCAGCUGACCAUCGCGAAGUUCCCUCAGGCGAAAGCGGCCAAAGUGCGGGUUAUGUCGGUUCCUCGUGCAAUGGCCAUCACCAAGAUCCUGCCACGGUGGACCUGGCUAGAUGGGCGGCCGCUCAGCCUAGUCACGGACUCUGGCCUAAAGGAGCUGUUCGAUUUUGUUGAGCCCGGAUAUGUGCUUCCUUCGAGAACCAUUAUUGCUAAACUUGUCCGCAAGGAUCACGCCGACGGUGUGACUCUUUUGAAGGGGAAGCUGGCCGACGUAAGCUAUGUUGCAUUGACCACCGACAUUUGGACGUCCAAGGCAACGCAUGCAUUCGCCACGACUACAGCGCAUUUCGUGGACGCGAGCUGGAAAAUGGCAUCAUGCACGUUGGAGACAACUGAGUUCCCUGGUUCCCACAUAGGUGUUCGCAUCAGUGAGCAGAUAGAGUCCGCUGUGCGCAAAUAUGAUGUCGAUCCAGCCAAAAUCUGUGGCAUUGUGCAUGACCAGGCGGCGAACGUGGAUUAUGCAGGCCGUAUCUUGUGGGAAGAGUUGAAUUGGCCAUCCCUUGUCUGUGCAGCUCACCGAAUUCAAAAUGCGUUACGAGACGCCCUGGAUAAGAAGACCUUAUCAAACCUGUUUGCAAAGUGCCGCCACUUAGUUGGACAUUUCAAGCAUUCCGCCUUGAAAACUGGCCAGCUUGAAGAUAAGCAACAUCUGGUUGGUGCAAAGAAAGUGAAGCACCUGAUUCAGGAUUGUGCAACGAGAUGGAACAGUGUGUACCUGAUGUUGGAUCGUCUUGUCCAGCUCAAAGUGCCUGUGCAGUUGGUCCUUGCGGAUAUGCCAGACAAAGAUCGCCGCUCCAUGGACUUGUCCGCAGACCAGUGGGCCACUGCUGAACAUCUCCUCGAUUUCCUGAGGUCGGUGGACCAGGUGACGACAUCUUUGGGCGGUGAGCAGUACUCAACCCUGUCCUGGCUUCUUCCCCUACUGACGGCACUGAAGUCCCAUUGCCAGACCGGAGAUGAUGACGAUCUGCUGGUAGUGGCAUGCGUACGCGUGAAGCAGGCAUUUGCGGAUAGUAAAACAAAGCGCUUUCAUUUGGAUGGCUUAGAUGUCAACGGAGAGGCAGUGCUUGCUGCUGCUUUGGACCCUCGGUUUCGGGCUCUGAAGUUCCUCGACUUGGAGCAGCAACAUGAAGUGCAGCAAACGCUCAUCAGCUACGCAAGUGUCGGCUGCUCGCCCUGCACGGAAUCUUCAAGCUCCAGCUCCGAGCCACCAGCAAAACGCCGCUGCCUCCUGGAUCAGCUGCUUUGCAACGACAGUGAGGAUGAGGAUAGCGAGGGAUCCAUCGAAGCAGAUGUAGCAGCUUAUCUGGCUGAAAAGCCAGUCAAGCGCUCUGUUGACCCUCUGUUGUGGUGGAGCACAAAUGCUGCCCGAUUUCCCCGCCUGGCUCCACUCGCACGGAAGUACUUGUGCAUUCCAGCAACUUCUGUUGCAUCUGAGUGCGUGUUUUCCUUUGCUGGGCAGAUCGUCGACAAGCGCCGGAGCAAGUUGUCUGCAGAAAUGAUCGAUGCACAAGUCUUUCUGCACAAGAGCGCCCACAUCAUCGAUGUACGAGUUCCUGCUCCACCGAAGCCGGCCAUGCCACUUGUCUUGGCUGCAGUCGAAGACGAUGAUGAACCUUCACUGCCAGAUCUUCCUUCACAGCCAAUUGAAUCAUAG